UCGACUUCCGGCGUGGAGGCUUGUCACGUGCCCGGAUAUGGGAAGUGGUGGCGGAACGGCCGCGUCCUGUCCACCGCUCAAUUGAGGGGAGCAUCUUUGUCGCGGUGGUUGCCCCAGCCGCAUCCGGUCUCCGUCUGGGAGGACGCGCCUCGGCACAGCCGGGCUCGGUCCGGUCUUGCGCUGAGUAAAGAUGACAGCAAUCAAGCAUGCGUUACAGAGAGACAUUUUUACACCAAAUGACGAACGCCUGCUGAGUAUUGUCAAUGUCUGCAAAGCAGGGAAAAAGAAAAAGAACUGUUUUUUGUGUGCCACAGUGACAACUGAACGCCCUGUGCAAGUGAAGGUCGUCAAAGUCAAGAAAUCUGAUAAAGGAGAUUUCUACAAAAGGCAGAUUGCUUGGACCCUUCGAGACCUUGCUGUGGUAGAUGCCAAGGAUGCUAUUAAAGAAAAUCCUGAAUUUGAUUUACAUUUUGAAAAAAUAUAUAAAUGGGUUGCCAGCAGCACUGCUGAAAAGAAUGCAUUUAUUUCAUGCAUUUGGAAAUUGAAUCAGCGAUAUCUCCGGAAGAAAAUUGACUUUGUCAAUGUUAGCUCACAGCUUUUGGAAGAAUCUGUUCCAAGUGGAGAAAAUCAGAGUGUGACAGGAGGUGAUGAAGAAGUGGUAGAUGAAUACCAAGAGUUAAAUGCACGAGAAGAGCAAGAUAUUGAAAUAAUGAUGGAAGGCUGUGAAUAUGCUAUCUCUAACGCUGAGGCCUUUGCAGAAAGGUUGUCCAGAGAGCUGCAGGUGCUAGAUGGGGCCAACAUCCAGUCAAUCAUGGCCUCUGAAAAGCAAGUGAACAUCCUGAUGAAGUUGCUGGAUGAGGCUCUAAAGGAGGUGGAUCAGAUUGAAUUGAAACUGAGCAGUUAUGAGGAAAUGCUCCAAAGUGUAAAAGAACAAAUGGAUCAGAUCUCUGAAAGCAACCACCUAAUUCAUCUUAGUAACACCAAUAAUGUAAAACUCCUGUCCGAGAUAGAGUUCCUUGUGAACCACAUGGACUUGGCCAAAGGUCAUAUAAAGGCUCUUCAGGAAGGAGAUCUUGCUUCUUCCAGAGGCAUUGAAGCCUGCACCAAUGCCGCAGACGCCCUUCUGCAGUGCAUGAAUGUAGCUCUUCGACCAGGCCAUGACAUGCUUCUGGCAGUCAAAGAGCAGCAGCAGCAUUUCAGUGAAUUGCGAGAGCAGUUUGCCCGGAGACUGGCCAAUCACCUCAACAAUGUUUUUGUUCAACAGUUUACUCAGGCCCUCCUUCAACUCUAUAACAGGUCCUACUUUCUUUCGGUGCCUGGUCACGAUCAGAGUUCAACUCUUGCUCAGCACUCCGUUGAACUGACUUUACCCAAUCAUCAUCCAUUUCAUAGAGACUUGCUCCGAUAUGCCAAGCUGAUGGAGUGGCUAAAGAGUACAGAUUAUGGAAAAUAUGAGGGACUAACAAAGAAUUACAUGGAUUAUUUAUCACGACUGUAUGAGAGAGAAAUUAAAGAUUUCUUUGAAGUUGCAAAGAUCAAGAUGACUGGCACAACUAAAGAAAGCAAGAAAUUUGGUCUUCAUGGAAGUUCUGGGAAAUUAACUGGAUCUACCUCUAGUCUAAAUAAACUCAGUGUUCAGAGUUCAGGGAAUCGCAGAUCCCAGUCAUCUUCCUUGUUGGAUAUGGGAAACAUGUCUGCCUCUGAUCUUGAUGUUGCCGACAGAACCAAAUUUGAUAAGAUCUUUGAACAGGUGCUAAGUGAACUGGAACCCCUGUGUCUGGCAGAACAGGACUUCAUAAGUAAAUUUUUCAAGCUACAGCAGCAUCAAAGUAUGCCUGGAAGUAUGACUGAAGCAGAGGACCUAGAUGGAGGAAUGUUAUCACGGCAACAUAAUUCUGGCGCACCACUGCCUAUUUCGUCUGAGAAAGAUAUGAUCCGCCAAAUGAUGAUUAAAAUAUUUCGCUGCAUUGAGCCAGAACUGAACAAUCUCAUUGCUUUAGGAGACAAAAUUGAUAGCUUUAACUCCCUUUACAUGCUAGUCAAGAUGAGUCAUCAUGUGUGGACUGCGCAAAAUGUGGACCCUGCUUCUUUUCUAAGUACUACAUUGGGAAAUGUUUUGGUGACUAUCAAAAGGAACUUUGACAAAUGCAUUAGUAACCAAAUAAGGCAAAUGGAAGAAGUAAAGAUCUCAAAGAAGAGUAAAGUAGGAAUUCUUCCAUUUGUUGCUGAAUUUGAAGAAUUUGCUGGACUUGCAGAAUCAAUCUUUAAAAAUGCUGAGCGUCGUGGAGAUCUAGAUAAAGCAUAUACUAAACUUAUCAGAGGAGUGUUUGUUAAUGUGGAGAAAGUAGCAAACGAAAGCCAGAAGACCCCCAGGGAUGUAGUUAUGAUGGAAAACUUUCACCAUAUUUUUGCAACACUUUCUCGUUUGAAAAUCUCAUGUCUAGAAGCUGAAAAAAAAGAAGCCAAACAAAAAUACACAGAUCACCUUCAGUCUUAUGUCAUUUACUCUUUAGGGCAACCUCUUGAAAAACUAAACCAUUUCUUUGAAGGCGUUGAAGCUCGUGUAGCACAGGGUAUAAGAGAGGAAGAAGUAAGCUAUCAACUUGCAUUUAACAAACAAGAACUUCGUAAAGUUAUUAAAGAGUAUCCUGGAAAGGAAGUGAAAAAAGGUUUAGAUAACCUCUACAAGAAGGUGGAUAAGCAUUUGUGCGAAGAGGAGAACUUACUCCAGGUGGUGUGGCACUCCAUGCAGGAUGAGUUUAUCCGCCAGUACAAGCACUUUGAAGGUUUGAUAGCUCGCUGUUACCCUGGGUCUGGUGUUACAAUGGAAUUCACUAUUCAGGACAUUCUGGAUUAUUGCUCCAGCAUCGCACAGUCCCACUAAACCUUAUGAAAUGAGAAAAGUUAAAUGAAGAAAGCGCUCUGAGUACAUUAUUCAAAAAUAUCAAGCACCUGUUGUGAAAACCCAGACUUGAAAUUUCAUGUAUUAUUAAAUGUCAGGUAAAUGGGUAAUACCAUAUUGUAAGUAUUCAAGAGCAAAAGUACUAACCUGUGUAGCAGUUUUAUUUGCCUAAUAGGUUGAGUACUAACAUAAAGCAUUUAUCUCAUCAUAAAAUGCCUUUAGCCUUUUUCUAUGACUGAAGAGGAAAUUUUCCUUGAUUCCUUAGCUUCUUGUAUUUGAGAAUGGUUAUCCUAUGUGUAAUGCAUUGAGAGUUCUUCAGCUUUCACUAAUUCAGUAUUGUUUACAAAUCAUGUAACUACUAAAAUAUUGUACAGAAUUUUUUCCUUCUAACUAAUGUGUAUAUGGAUAAGGGAUCUUGUGAUGAUCAGUUGUAAACUUGGAUUUUGAGGAUUAUGUGACUCUGUGUAGUUAUGAUUCUGAAAUAAAGAAAUUUUCAAAAA